GAGGUCUGGGCGGAGGGCUGGCUGGCAGCGGCUGGGGCCGCCUGCGGGGAUUGCGGCGUGGAGGUGCUAGCAGACGCGGGCGGCGGCGAGUCCCGAGCCCCCGGGCCGGAGCCGAGCUAACCGCAGUUGGGACCGGGGCCCAGAGCCGCGGCGGCUGCGGCCGGAGGACGAUGGCAGCGCCCGCCGGGGCCGGGGCACUGAUUGCAUCCUCAGACCGCAGGCGCUGGCUGUGGUCGGUGCUUGCGGUGGCGCUCGGGCUCUUGACUGCUGGUGUAUCGGCCCUGGAGGUGUAUACACCAAAAGAAAUCUUCGUGGCAAAUGGGACACAAGGGAAGCUGACAUGCAAGUUCAAGUCAACUAACACGACCGGCACGUUGACCUCAGUCUCCUGGAGCUUCCAGCCAGAGGGGACUGACACCACUGUGUCGUUUUUCCACUACUCCCAAGGGCAAGUGUAUGCCGGGAAUUACCCACCAUUUAAGGACAGAAUCAGCUGGGCUGGAGACCUCGACAAGAAAGAUGCAUCAAUCAACAUAGAAAAUAUGCAGUUUAUACACAAUGGCACCUACAUCUGUGAUGUCAAAAAUCCGCCUGACAUUGUUGUCCAGCCAGGACACAUUAGGCUUUAUGUUGUAGAGAAAGAGAUUUUGCCUGCGUUUCCAGUUUGGGUGGUGGUGGGUAUAGUUACUGCUGUGGUCCUAGGUCUCACUCUGCUCAUCACCAUGAUUCUGGCUGUCCUCUAUAGAAGGAAAAACUCUAAACGGGAUUACACCGGCGGCAGUACAUCAGAGAAUGUGUCACCGGUUAAGCGGGCUCCACGGAAGUCCCCCUCCGACACAGAGGGUCUAGUAAAGAGCCUACCUUCUGGAUCUCACCAGGGCCCAGUCAUAUAUGCGCAGCUAGACCACUCUGGCGGACAUCACAGCGACAAGAUCAACAAGUCAGAGUCUGUGGUAUACGCAGACAUCCGGAGAAAUUGAGAGGACCCCAGUCGCAUCCUGAGCAAGAAACCCAUCCACACCGGGCCCCUGUGCGGAAAACGUAGCUCACAACCACGUGCGGCCUUGGAAACCCGGACACGGACAAGCACACGUUUAUUCAUAGAGGGAGAAAAAGAAGUGUAUAAAGAAUAUGUAUAAAUAUUCUAUUUAAUCUUCCUGAUGCGAGGAGCCAGUACUGCAUGAUGAAGAGAUGGUAUGGUUCUACGUAUACGUAAAUUGUCUGUCUUUGUACUUCCCUUCAGGGUCAUUGACGGUUGAGAAAGUUCAGACACAUUCCUAUCACCAUCAUUUAGACGUGGUUUGCCUUAAUGGAGAUGGUAGCAGAUCUUUUAGUAUUCUAAUAGACAUGGCCUUUUCAUGUAAGGGCUUAACCCGCCUUCGCGUUUAUUGUACUUGGAGAGUGGAGAUGCUAUGACGGAAGCAUGUUCAGGGCGGCCUUUAGCCCAGGGUGUACCACCUAUUUGGCGGUUGUUUUUAGAAAGCAUCCAUUUGCUAUGCCACUUGGAGACAGUGUGAGAGAUUUUGUUGCUAUUAUACAGGGCAGUUUUUAGCUUUCAGUGUUGUGUAGACUAUAACAUCACACCCUGUAAGCAUAUUGUCUCAAUUUGUGGAUUCAUCAUAGCAAGAUUAGCAAAGGAUCAGUGCCGGAAGUCACUUCCUUCCAGGUACUUUUAGAUCAAUACCAUAAUCAAUAUAUAAUUGAAGUAGAGAACCCAGGCCUGGCUUGAGGAGUACUGUACCAUUGGGAGAGCAAAAGGUGUGUUACAUUCUUUGCUGAAGUCCUUCGUACUUGUAAUAAGAGUCCCCAUACACCUGAAGGAGCUGAGUUUCAUUUCCUUUUAAGUAGGCAGAAAUGGAAUGAUUAGAUUGCCAGUCUCCAGUAUCACAGAGUGCUUUCUAGAGAAUCUUCUAUAUAAAGCUUCAGUCAUGCUUCCAGCAGGGGCAGCAUCAGUCAUGGCUUCUAUAAUAGAUUCAUGAUGCCUCCAAGGCCUUUGAGGCUAAAAAGGGUCUAGAUUUUUAAAAUCAGCAAACAAGGUUAGUACUUCUACAUUGGGAAUCUCUUCUGUUUCUGUUUCUUUGUUCUUUUGAUAAACAAUGAGAUGAGGAGAAAUCUAGACCAUUUGGGCAUCCUUCUCGAUUUAUUUUCUCCCAUUGACCACCACCCCCAACACCCCAUCUCAAACCUAUGUGUUUUUUUUAACUCAGACUGAAAAGCAUGGUGAAAAUCAUUAAACACUUAUAUUGUCA